GAGGAUAAGUGGGGCUCACAUUAACAGAAAUUCUUACCAGCCUUACAAUGCAAUGAAGCAGCGUCACAAAUUAGCAGCAUUCUGAAAAUCUAAAGCUAAAAUCAGAACCCAGAAAAUCGAAGAAAACAAGCCUCACCACCAUGGCUGCAGCGACAGCGACGACAGCAGCAGCCCACCUUCUCUUCACCACUUCCCAAUCCAUCUCUCGUUUCUCCCCUUUCCAAACACUCGCUUCCUGCCCAAAUGGGUCCGGCGGGGUAGUCAGGCGGAGGCACAUGGGGCCACGCGGAGGUGGAGUGCGGUGCAUGGCUGUGGCGGCCGAGGCAGAGAGUAAGAAGAAGAGUGGCUACGAGAUUGAGACACUAACUAACUGGCUAUUGAAGCAAGAACAGGCGGGGACUAUUGAUGCUGAGCUUACUAUAGUUAUUUCCAGCAUUUCCAUGGCUUGCAAGCAGAUAGCUUCCUUGGUUCAGAGGGCCAGCAUUUCUAACCUCACUGGAAUUCAGGGCGCUGUCAACGUUCAAGGAGAGGACCAGAAGAAGCUUGAUGUUGUCUCCAACGAGGUGUUCUCUAAUUGCUUGAGAUCAAGUGGAAGGACAGGGAUCAUAGCAUCAGAAGAAGAGGAUGUACCUGUGGCCGUGGAAGAGAGCUAUUCCGGCAAUUACAUUGUCGUCUUUGAUCCUCUUGAUGGUUCAUCUAACAUCGAUGCAGCUGUCUCUACCGGUUCCAUAUUUGGAAUAUACAGUCCAAACGAUGAGUGCCUCGCUGACAUUGGAGAUGACGCUGAGCUUGGCAAUGUGGAACAAAGGUGUGUUGUGAACGUGUGCCAGCCGGGAAAUAACCUUCUUGCAGCAGGCUACUGCAUGUACUCGAGCUCUGUGAUCUUCGUGAUCACCUUAGGCAAAGGUGUAUUUGCCUUUACCUUGGAUCCCAUGUUUGGGGAAUUCGUGCUUACUCAAGAAAAUGUCCAGAUACCUAAGGCAGGAAAGAUUUAUGCAUUUAACGAAGGGAACUACCAGUUGUGGGACGACAAAUUGAAGAAGUACAUUGAUGACCUGAAGGACCCUGGUCCUAGCGGCAAGCCUUAUUCAGCCCGAUACAUCGGGAGUUUGGUUGGUGAUUUUCAUAGAACUCUGCUGUAUGGUGGAAUUUAUGGAUAUCCAAGGGACAAAAAGAGCAAGAAUGGGAAGUUGAGGCUCUUGUACGAGUGUGCACCGAUGAGCUUCAUAGUGGAACAAGCCGGUGGCAAAGGGUCUGAUGGGCAUCAUAGAAUUCUUGAUAUUCAGCCAACCGAGAUUCAUCAGCGAGUUCCAUUGUACAUUGGAAGUGUGGAAGAGGUGGAGAAACUAGAGAAAUAUUUAGCUUAAAAUAUGGGAGCAACUGUGCAUAUGGUUACAUAUUUUUUUGAACACAUACAAUUGUUCUCUGUUGUUGAUUAAUCUUUCAAGAAGUGAAGUUUGUGGAUUAUCCUGUAAAAAUUUUGGGAGGCCUUGAAAACAUCCAAAUUCCAGGUUCUGAUUGUUCUUUCA